UCUUUGGAGUGACAUUUUUCUAAUUAAUUUUUGUUCAAAAUCUGUCUACAACCAGCGUUUCUGUGCCGUGUUUCUUCUCUACACCCGUCUUUCCUUCUUUAUCUCUCUUCUAAUGUUAGGAGGUAUGAUUAUCUUUACUACAGUAAAAAAAACCUCUCUCUUCAGUACUCUGAUCUCUGUGUCUAAUAAUACUGAUCUGGAUCAGCCUCACCCUGUGUAGGAGGAAGUGACCCUCCCAACUGCAUUCUUCUCCGAUGUCAGAGAAUUUUACUUUUAUUUCCUAGUCUGCUGUCAGCGAUGGCGUCUGGUGAUCUGAGAGCUGAGUUGGAAUGUUCCGUCUGUCUGAACAUUUAUACAGAUCCUGUAAUGCUGAGAUGUGGACACAACUUCUGCCGGGUCUGUAUUGAUCGUGUGCUGGAUACACAGGGGGGGUCUGGGGAUUACUUCUGUCCUGAAUGCAGAGAGGAGUUUCCGGAUCGUCCUGCACUGCAGAGGAACAUAACACUACGUAACAUAGUGGAGAAUUUCCUGUCUGCUCAGCCAGAUCAGGCAGAGUCCGGGGUCUUCUGUACUCACUGUGUGGACUCUCCUGUACCUGCUGUUAGAUCCUGUCUGCUCUGUGAGGUUUAUCUGUGUAAUAAACACCUGAGAGUCCACAAAAAGUCCCCAGAACACAUCUUAUGUGCCCCCAUCUUGUCCAUGGAGAGCCGGAAAUGCUCCGUCCAUAAGAAGAUCCUGGAGUAUUACUGCACUGAGGAUGAUACCUGUAUCUGUGUGUCUUGUUCUAUGAUUGGAGAACAUAAAGGACAUAAGAUGGAGUCACUGGAUGAGGCUUCUGAGAAGAAGAAGGAGACACUGAGGAAUGUUCUGCAGGAACUUCUGACAAAGAGAGAGGAGAUGGAGGAAAGAGUCCAGAGUCUGCAAGAACACAGGAGGAAAGUAGAAGAAGAAGCAGCUGGUGAGACAGAGAGAGUCACUGUCCUGUUUAGAGACCUCAGGAGACGUCUGGAAGACCUGGAGAAGAGAGUCCUGAGGGAAAUCUCCGGGAGGGCAGAGCGAAUCUCCAUCUCCAUCCGGGAUCUGGAAAUAAAGAAGGAGGAGCUGUCCAGGAAGAUGCGUCACAUUGAGGAGCUGUGUAACAUGACGGAUCCACUGACUGUCUUACAGGAAUCAGACACAGGUGACGUGUGUGAUACUGAGGAUGGAGAUAAUGAGGACAGAGAGAGACAUGAGAAGCUCCUCCAUGAUGGAGGGGGUCUGGAUGUGGCUGGGAUAUCACGCACAUUAAACAAAGGUUUAUCUGAUAUGAUAACAGAGGUAAAUAUAUACUUCCCUACACAGGAAGCUGCAGACAUAUUACUGGAUGUAAACAUAGCUCAUAAUUAUCUCCAUAUAUCAGAUGACAGGAAAACUGCAUUCAGGUCAGAUAGAAACCAGAAUCGUCCAGAAACUCCAGAGAGAUUUCAGUAUCGUUUGCAGGUGUUGAGCAGUCAGAGUUUCUCCUCAGGGAGACAUUACUGGGAAGUGGAUGUCGGGGGAUCAGAUUGGUGGAUAGUCGGGAUGUGUUACCCCAGUAUAGACAGGAGAGGAGGAUUGGAGUCAGUGAUUGGAGAUAAUAAGAAGUCCUGGGGAUUGUUCAGGUAUAAUGAUCAGUAUGGGGUGAGACAUGACAGUGAAUGGAUCGUCUUACCCUCCAAUAUCUCCAGUAACAGAGUCAGGAUAGAUCUGGAUUAUGAGGCCGGGCGGAUCUCCUUUUAUGAUCUGUGUGACCCGAUCCGACUCCUCCACACCUUCACCACCACCUUCACUGAGCCCCUCCAUGCUGGGAUAUGGGUAGGGAGAGGUCGUAUAAUGAUAUGUGGGGGGAAACAGGAGAAAUCCAUCCAGGGACUGGUGACACCGUUAGGUGGAUGGCUGGGAUUGGUGGAGUAUGCAAUCAUAUGAAUAAAGCAGUGGGUGGGGCUUUAGUCUGUAUCCUGCUGUUUCUUCACUAUAAAUAAUAAUAAAUGAGAUUUCUCCCUUUGUCACUGAUCACUGUGAUUGGGUAGAAUAUCUGUCCAGUUACUGCAAUAACAUGUUAAUCUAUCUAUUUAUCUAUCUAUCUAUCUAUCUAUCUAUCUAUCUAUCUAUCUAUCUAUCUAUCUAUCUAUCUAUCUAUCUAUCUAGCCCAUGACAAUCUGACAUAUAACUUUCUCUGUAAGUGACAUCAGCAAUCACUGUGAUUGGAUAGGAUGUGGUCACCUCUCAACUCUUUCCUCCCUCCAAUUCCAUGCAAUCUAUAAUAGAAGAGG